UGAGAUCCCUCGGUGACCAGUUUAGUUCUGGUUGGCAUCCGAACCGCAUGUUGCGCAGGGUCCAAGGAUGACACAAUAAUCAUUCUUCGAUUGAAGACAAAGAUUGCAAUCGAUUUGCCAAAUGACGUAGAAAAACGAUAAUGAAAUAAUUAUGCUGCAUAUGUACGUGCUCGAGACGUUUGUUGUUAGAAAUCGUAUUGGUGUUUGUGCAGUUUGACGUUUCUGUGAAGCAGAUACGGUUUAACGACUGACAAUUACGCACGUGUGGUGCUCAGCUGUUACCUGUCAAAAUUAACUAAUGUGUUAUUUCUGAAUUAUGAAAUAUUGAAAGUGCACUAUUGUGCAGCGUGAGACACGUUGAACUUAAGGUUAAUAAGAAUGACAGCUUAUUUAUUUAACAAGUCCAUGAAAUAUGUAUCUAUAGGGAUACUUAAAUAAGUGAAGGGUGAUUGCUGGCGUUCUGAUUGCAAAUACGUAAUUUGUGUUUGCAACUCAUUUCUUCUUUAUUUUUUUUUUUCCUAAAAUAUUUAAUCGAAAAGACUAGAUUUUUUCUCUUUUCCCUCUUUUUUUCUCUCCCUUUCUCUCUACAUAAAAUCACCGAUAAAAUCAUUUACGCAUUUCCGUGCGUGAAAACGUAGAAAGCAAACUUGUUUUCGAUUUUACAUGCUUUUAUACCCAUUUGCCAUUGGUAAAUGACAUUUAUGAAAAAUCAACGCACACAUUUUCACUCCGAGUGAGAGGCAGAAAGAAGGAAAGGAUCGUUGACAGAAACGUUAGUAUCGACUCUCGAGCAGUAUACUUUACGGGAGAACUUGAAAGUAAUAUCGUUCACGUUGAUAUUUUUUUAAAAAGUGUUUAACAAAUCUCAAGAAACACCUGUUCCAUUUUCAAAGGCAAUUAAGAACGCCUGGUUUGUAUUAAUUUGAAUUUGCAUCGACGUUACACAUUGAAAAUUAACGAAGCUACUCGGAGAAUCACGUUACGAGCAAAGGUCACGAAGAACAGAUAUGAGACCGAGUCGUCGUCAGUACGUGGUCUAAGAAUAUCACAGUGUGGAUCGUUGAACCGGGAUUUCCUUUCUUCUUUCCACGUGUGUCGAGGGAGAAAUAAAUCAGAAACUUUCUCCGACGACGCUUGACUCGACAGUAUUCCGUAAACGAUGUCGGGAGAUACUACGUCCGAUGACGAGGGAUCGCAAGAGGAUCCACCGCGAUACGAUAUUGACGAUUUAGAAAUGAUUAAGACUAUCGGCACAGGCACAUUUGGCAGAGUGGUUCUCUGCAGGCACCAUGGAACACCUCUCGCUCUGAAAAUCCUUUCCAUGGUCGACGUGAUCAGAUUGAAGCAAGUCGAACAUUUGCGCAACGAAAUCACAAUCCUGAAAGAAGUUAAACAUCCUUUUAUCGUCAACAUGCUCUGGAGCGGCAGAGAUGAAGCCAGAGUGUACAUGCUACUGGAGUUCGUUGCCGGUGGAGAACUCUUUUCUUAUCUAAGAGCGGCCGGAAGAUUCGCCGGACCUACCAGCUGUUUCUAUGCGGCCGAAUUAGUUUGUGCUCUAGAGUAUCUACACAGCAAGCACAUAGUUUACAGGGAUCUCAAGCCGGAGAAUCUUCUCCUAGACAGUCAAGGCCAUCUAAAAAUCACCGAUUUUGGCUUUUCGAAAAACUUACAGACAGGUGAGACAUGGACUUUGUGUGGUACGCCAGAAUAUUUGGCGCCGGAAAUAAUUCAAAGUAAAGGACACAACAAAGCGGUGGACUGGUGGGCGUUAGGUGUUUUAAUAUACGAAAUGCUGGCGGGAUAUCCGCCGUUUUUUGACGACAAUCCAUUUGGAAUCUACGAGAAGAUCCUGAGUGGUAGGAUAGAGUGGCCGAAACACAUGGAUCCUAUCGCGAAAGAUCUCAUCAAGAAAUUACUGGUCGCCGACAGGACGAAGAGAUUGGGAAACAUGAGGCAGGGUGCUGAAGACAUCAAAAGGCAUCGAUGGUUCAAAUUAGUCGAGUGGCCUCUGGUGCCGCAAAGAGCCUUGACACCUCCGAUAAGGCCACGUGUGAAAGCGCCAGGUGAUGCAAGCUGCUUCGACGAUUAUCCUGAAACCGACUGGCGCUCUCAACCACCUUUACCACCAGAUCAACUAGCUCUAUUCCAAGAUUUUUGACAAUAGUACGAUCGAUCGAAUAGUCACAAUAUUUUGCACGCAAUUUCAUCGAGGCACUACUGUGCGCUAAAUAGAAGAAUUCACUCUGUGGUAUAGAACCAAACGUGAUCACAAUUCGAUAAUACAUACAUGACAUAUAUGUUUGAUAAUUAAUUUUCUAUUCUGUGUAAAUAGAUGACUUUUUAUAUUUGGUUGCGUAUAUUGCUUAUUUAUUUGUAUGUGUGCGUUUUCUCUAGAUUAGGCAUUCCGUUUUCAUUGUUCUCGUGAAAUUUUGUAAAUAAAAAAUAGAGUAUUAUUUUGACGAAUU